AUGGCUGUGCAGGAGGAACGGCAAUGCGAUGCUAGUGCCUUCUGUGUUCUGCUUUGUCUAUCAAAUGGUUUGGUCAUCGGCGCUGGAGAUUCGCGCGAGUGCGCAGCUAUACUGGCUAACCUUAAUCCAGGGCUGAAGUGCCCUAUGAAAGGAGCGGGAAAGAUCCAUCCUGAUGAGGGACCAGACGCCUGGGCGGACUUCGACCGAUGGGCGCAGGACGGAAGGAUUGAGGCCAUGCAACAGCUGGCCCCGGCGGUGCUGGGGAGGCCCUAUUGUGAGCCUGGCAAACUGGCAUGGCUAGCAACCACAUGCGUGCUGCUUUUACGCGGUGGAGCCCACGACGAAGCCUUGGAGUGUGCUGGGUCGCUGGACGAGGACUUGCUCGGAAAGAUGACUGUUUUGAGCCUCAAGCACGAGACCCGGCUGCACCUGGUCCUUCGUAGUCCUUGGCCGGCCUUCCGACUGUUGGACAUCCUGGCGCGCUUGAUCCCAGAGAAUAGCAGUACCCGCUUGGGCGCGUGCAAGAAGAACACCAUGUGGAAUAGUGAUCCUGAUGUUUUUGAUUGGCCUCUCUUCAAGUCCAUGCUUGCAGAUGCAGCCACGCAAUUGGUCUCCGAUGAGUCCGUCUUCAAGCUCAGGUCCGAAGAUGGACCCCUCUCGCGGCAACACACCGCGCGGUGGCAACGGAUCCACGCACUGCAUGAGAUGAAGGAGCUGGUCUAUGUCUCGCAUGAUGUGUUCGAUGCCUAUCGGAAGCACCAUUACAAAGCUGGCUGCCACUUGGGGGUCAUCUCGAGCUACAUCCUUCAGAUCUUUGUGGUUCACUUGCGCGACAUCGAGGGAAGGUUGCAGAAACUGGUCUCCAUCGUAGCGAAUCUGGUGAAUGUCUACGGACCUGUCCAGCAGGCUGCUCGGACUGACUGGGCAGUUUGGCGGCUGAUGCAUUGGGCCAGCUUGUUGCAGCGUGCUCAUCCAGAUGAAAUUUGGCAGAGCACGCAGGAGAACGAACUGACUGCAGCCAAGGAUGCUGCCUUGACCCUGGUGACUGACGUGAAGCAAGCCGUAGAAACCGUACAGGCAGCCAAAGGGGCUGCAGAGGUGAUUUUUGUGACAUCAGCUUGGGGCUGGAUGUCAGAACAACUACAUGGCGUUUUGAGACGCUGGCGGGUGGUGUCUAAGACAGCCCCGCUGCUGGUUUUGUGCCGAGAUCGCUUGGCGUCUGACACGUGCGUUGGCCUAUCAGACCUGAGCAGCGCGGGGGCGUCCGCGGCCCGUGCCAGCUCGCCGCGACGGGUGAAGAUUCGCUGCAUUGAAGCGCCACAGCGCUUGGGCGUGGAGGCCAUGGUGGCCAAAUACUUGGCCUUGGCUUCCGUCGCCCACUUGGGCGUCACCACGGUGUGGUUGGAUCUGGAUGUCUUCGUCCUGACCGAUCCUAGCUCAUUCGUCUUCGAGGAGCUAGGGAAUACCAGUGAGUUGGUUUUUGCGCGGCAUCAACUCAGCGCUUCCAUCAGUCCUGCAGUGUUGCUGGCGCGCGGCAGCCACAAAGCUGCAUCCUUACUGAUGGGCUACGCGGGAUGGCUGCGGGAGAACCCGUACCUGCUGGACCAUCAGGGUUGGGAUCAAUAUUUGACCAACAAUGAUGGUGACUUUGCCGGGCUCUUUGACUACAAGGGCCGCAACACCACCACCCAAGACCCCUAUGCCCCAGGACAUACCUUCCUAGCCUCCAGUGGUUUGGCACCUUUAGGCACGCCAUGGAGCUUUCUGACACGCUUCGGAAGUGGCGAUGGAUGGCAAGGUGACAUACGGCACUUGCUCUUUUUCCAUUUUUGGGGAGCCCAGGAGACUCAGAAGGAGAUGUUUGAGAUGUUCUAUCCCAAGAGAGCUGCCUUCUCCAGCCUCUCCGAGAAGGCCUUGAAGACGAUCCUUCGUUACCAAAAGCAGCCGGUCUCCACACCAAAGGUGUCCACGCUGCUGAAAGGCCAGAAGAAGCUCUACAUCGUCGCCAUCAGUUAUGCUCAUGGUUGCUGUGCCAAGUCGCUGAAGAGAAAUCGUGACCAAGCCUUGCGCGUGGGCGUGGAUGAAGCCCGGUCCUAUGGCAAGCAAGACUUGGGACCUGACUGGGUGGCCAAGAAUUCCCAGGUACUCUCACAGAAGAGGGGUGCUGGCUGGUGGCUUUGGAAGCCAUACGUCGUGCUGAGAACCUUGCAGGACCCCGCUGUACCAUGGGACACGGGCGUGGUCUUGUGGGUCGACGCUGGGAACUAUUUGCAUGCCGACCCUCGGCCGGUGCUGCAUGAAGCUUUGGAGGAGUCUGACAUUCUGGCACUCAGACUGAAGCAGUGCCUAGAAUCGGAUUGGACCAGUCAGCUGACACUGCUGCGGAUGAAUGUGUCCUCAAGGUAUUCGCUUCUGGACCGGCCGCAGCUGGGCGCCUACUUUCUGGCUUUCAGGAAGACCAAGGCAGUCAUGGCGUUCGUCGAGAACUGGCUGCGCUUGUGUGAGGAUGAAGAAACCUUACUCGGCCUUCAAGCGCGUCAGACUCCAGGUGGCCCAGAAGUGGAGGAGGACCUUCCGACCUUCAUGACACACCAGGCCGACCAAAGCAUUUUCUCCAUCCUCUUCAAGAGUCAUGGCUUCCGUGCGACUCCGUUGGAGGUCGGACAUAGGGCAGUGACUUUAGACCGCUGGCGCGAGUGA